AUGGGUCUCUUAUACCUCGGGACUCCCCUCGUCUGGGAUGAAGCCAAGGCGUACGCCGACCAUGUCAGAGACCACGGAAUCACACAGUUCCUCCACAUAUGGGAUCGCUUGAAGGAUAGGCAUGGUGAUGAAUUGCUGUGGGGAGAUGAGGUCGAAUACAUGGUUGUCUCGUUUGACGAUAAGGAAAAAAAUGCGAAACUGUCUCUGCGGCAGACAGAAAUUCUGGCGAAGCUAAAUGCUAUCGUCGGCGAUAUCUGUGCCGAUUGUCCCAAGGACAUCGCAGUGCCAACUUUCCAUCCAGAAUAUGGGCGGUAUAUGCUGGAAGCGACUCCGGGCGCACCCUACACUGGUUCAAUACACGACCUUUUGUCAGUGGAAGCUAACAUGCGGUACAGGCGAACCCUUGCCCGCCAACACCUCAAGCCCAAUGAAAUCCCUCUCACUUUUACCUCAUUUCCACGAUUGGGUGUCCCAGGCCAGUUUACGGAACCAUUCUUUGAUCCUAAGGAUGCUAUAUCAAGUCACAGUCUAUUUUUGCCUGAAGAGAUCACAAAUCCUCAUGCACGCUUUCCCACAUUGACCGCUAACAUCAGGCGAAGAAGAGGAUCUAAAGUCGCCAUAAACCUCCCCGUCUUCUUUGAUGAAAAGACGCCCCGUCCGUUCAUUGACCCCACUAUACCAUGGGAUCGCGCUAUAUACCCGGAGGAUUCAGAGGCCAGACUUGGUGCAGCAUUCCCGGAUCACAUCUACCUGGACGCAAUGGGUUUCGGCAUGGGCUGCUGCUGCCUACAAUUGACGUUCCAGUCCUGCAAUGUAUCCGACGCAAGAAGGAUGUACGAUGGAUUAAUCCCUAUUGGACCCAUCCUGUUGGCAUUGACUGCAGCAAGUCCCAUCUGGCGUGGAUACCUGGCAGAUGUCGACUGUCGGUGGAACGUAAUUGCAGGAAGCGUAGACGACCGCACAGAAGAAGAACGCGGCCUCAAGCCGCUGAGGACCAAUAAGCACCGCAUCCCAAAGUCUCGUUACGACAGCGUCGAUCUUUACAUAUCAAACGAUUGGAUUAAUCGGCCUGAAUACAACGAUACCUAUCUUCCAAUUGAUGAGAAGAUAUACGAACGUCUACGCAGUCAUGGGCUUGACGACCUAUUGGCCAAGCAUAUUUCUCACCUUUUCAUUCGAGAUCCUUUAGUCGUCUUCUCUGAGACGGUCGACCAAGACGAUACUUCAAGUAGCGAUCACUUCGAAAACAUCCAAUCGACAAACUGGCAAACCCUACGGUUCAAACCUCCGCCACCAAACUCACCCAUCGGUUGGCGGGUGGAGUUCCGCAGCAUGGAAGUCCAAAUGACGGACUUCGAGAACGCUGCUUACGCCGUGUUUGUCGUGCUCUUAUCUCGAGCGAUCAUGGCCUUCAAUCUUAAUUUCUAUAUACCAAUCUCGAAAGUAGAUGAGAACAUGCAGCGAGCCCAACAGAGGGAUGCUUCGACUUCUAAGACGUUCUAUUUCAGAAAGGAUGUGUACUCGACAAAUAGGAGCGCAGCUUCGAGUGUUUGGUCUUCUUCAGGCAGCAGUUCGCCUACAACAGAUGGUGCACCCAGGAAAAAGACCAGGAAGAUGGAGAACUGUUUCACUCCGCCACCCCUCCCGGAAAACGGUUUCGUUCAUCGUACUCCGGUGGAGGCAGAGUACGAAGAGAUGACGAUGAAGGAGAUCAUGAACGGAAAGGACGAGAAUUUCCCUGGUCUACUACCGCUCAUUGAUGCUUAUCUCGAGACGUUGGAAGUUGAGAGCCAGGACAUGGUCAGAAUACGACGGUACUUGGACCUUGUUCGGCGUCGUUCCGACGGACGACUCUUGACCCCGGCGACAUGGAUUCGUAACUUCGUUAGGUCACAUUCCGACUACAGGCAGGAUUCGGUCGUUUCCCAGACAAUUAAUUACGAUUUACUCCAAGCUGUUGAUGAAAUUGAACGUGGUGUACGAAAAGCCCCUGACCUGCUCCCAACAGACUACACUGGAGGGGACACUGACCAGGGCUCCAUAGGACUGUAG